AUGAUUCCAUGGAUCAAAGAACUAACAGAGGAGAAUUUACCUGAUCACAUUAUCUUUCCAAAAGAAUUAAAUUUAUUUUUAAGGAAUCGUAUUCAGGAUUUAAUCGCUGAAAAUGGUUGUUUGCAUCGGACACUUGAUGAGAUGGAAGACAAAAUUAAAAAGAAAAAAGGAAUCACAGAAACGGCGCAAAUUUUAGGAAAACCUAAUGAAAUAGCAGCUGCAAAAAUUAUCGAACUUAGCAAAAGAUGUAGAGAACAAAUAGCCGAGAUUGAAGUGCUUAAAUCUAAGUGUAAAAAUUUAGAAGUUCAUAUAACUAACAAAGAAACAGAAUUAGAAAAUGAACGACACGAAAGUAGACGUUUAAAAACUGAUGCUUCCUCUCAUGAGAGUACUAAGAAUAAUCAGCUGAAGGAAGACGAGGAUCGAGUCAAACAAUUGGUUGAAAAAUUGCAACAGACACAAAUAAAACUGUACGAGACCAAAAAUACUUGUGCCAGUCUUAAACAAGAGAUUAAUAAAUUGCAUAAGUUACUGUACAGUGAAAUUGGUGAAAACGUGAAUUUGAAUAAUUUAUUGAAUCAAUCUGGAUGGCGAGGAAGAGCUGAACAGAUUUAUCUACUACAACAAAAAAUAACGGAACUACAAUCAAGACUGUCAGAAUAUGAAGGAACGCAAAAAACGUCUAUCGAACGAAAAAAUUUAGAAAAUCUUCGAAAUGUUGAAAAAGAGAGACGGAGACAAAUUGAAGAUUCGGCAAAGCAGCUUCGACAAACGGAAGUCGUCAUUGAGGGAUACAAGAGGAAGCUAGAGGCUUCGAAGGCAAGAAUAAAAGUGUUGGAACAUGAAUUGAACGUCGCGAAAGGAAAUAUCGCAUCGUUAAAUGAAAAAAGAUCUCAUGAUGAUCAUUUAAUCGAAACACUUAAUAAUCGGCUUAAAAUUACCGAGAUAAAACAUGAAGAACGCGAGACAGAUAUGAAAAAUAGAGCAGAGAAGAUUGAACGUGAGUGCACGAAUUUAAAGAAUGAUUUACAGGCGGCACAGCUUCAAACUGAUCGACUGCGUAGAAGAUUAGAAGAAAGAGAAAUUGAAAUAGAUAAAUUGAGAAAUGGAACAGUUCCAAACAUAUGGGAGAUCAAAUCCCGAAAAAUUACGCAACCUGAGGAGUUUUUAAAUAAUUUAAACCAUAAUAGCUCUCCUCAUAGUGUUCGAAGUACAUGCGAACCUAACGAAUAUGUAAUUUUGGCUCUUGCUGCUGAAGCUGAAAGGGAGAGACUUUUGAAAUUAAUAACAAUACUCAACAGGCGCCUAGAUAAAGAAAGAAAUGACACUGAUAUUCUAUCUGAUAUGUUACGUAAUGAAAAAAAGAAAUCGGCGAAGUUAGAAUUAAAGAUACGAAAAUUAGAAACGGAAAGAAUAGGGAUUGUUAAAAUUGACACUGGAUAUAGAACGAAAUUACCAAAAUUAUUGAAAGCUAGUGACAAACAAAUGGAUGUUGAGCAAAUGCGACUUAAGAUGGAAUUAUUGCAAGAAGAAUGCCUUGCGUUAAAAACUAGAUUAGAUACUGUGCAACAAGAAAAAGCCACGGAUCUUGCAACUUACAAACAGAUGUUGGAGCAAGUUAGAAAAAUUUUUCAUGAAGCCUGCAGGAGCAAUCCACUACCUCCCAUUGGCAGUCGUUCUACUAUUACAGUUUAAUUCGAAUCUAAACCUUUUUUAAGUUACGUACUAAUUCUAAUAUAAAAUAUAUUCAAUAACUUUAAUGAGCCGAACUCGGAAAAUUUAUUAUAAUUAUACAUCAUAUAAAAUAAAAUAUAAUUUUA